UCCCCUUCUCUUUCCUCCCUUGUAGCAGCAACAAUCUCUGCCUAGCUUCUCCAGGCUAGCCCUGGGAGCUUCAGGGGAGCCAUGGCGCCCCCCACCUCCACCACCCCAGCCCACACUCACUUUGAGAGCUUCCUACAAGCCCAGCUGUGCCAGGAUGUGUUGAGCAGCUUCCAAGAACUCUGCAACACUCUGGGAGUGGAGCCUGGCGGAGGGCUGCCCAUGUACCACAAGAUCAAGGCCCAACUCAACAACUGGAAUGCAAAGUCUCUCUGGACUAAGUUAGACAAGCGAGCUAGCCAGCCAGUGUACCAGCAGGGCCAGUCCUGCACCCAUACCAAGUGUCUUGUGGUGGGCGCUGGGCCUUGUGGGCUGCGGGCAGCUGUGGAGCUGGCGCUUCUAGGAGCCCGUGUGGUGCUGGUAGAGAAACGCCGGAAGUUUUCUCGUCACAAUGUCCUGCACCUGUGGCCCUUCACUAUCCAUGACCUUCGGGCCCUUGGUGCCAAGAAGUUCUAUGGGCGCUUCUGCACAGGAACCCUGGACCACAUCAGCAUACGGCAGCUUCAGUUACUUCUGUUGAAGGUGGCAUUACUGUUGGGGGUAGAAGUUCACUGGGGCAUAUCUUUCACUGGCCUCCAGCCUCCUCCCCAUAAGGGGAGUGGAUGGCGUGCCCACCUCCAGCCCAGCCCUCCUGCCCAGCUGGCCAACUAUGAAUUUGACGUCCUUAUCUCUGCAGCUGGAGGUAAAUUCAUCCCUGAAGGCUUUGUAGUGAGAGAAAUGCGUGGCAAGCUGGCCAUUGGUAUCACAGCUAACUUUGUGAAUGGGCGCACAGUAGAAGAGACUCAGGUGCUGGAGAUCAGCGGUGUGGCAAGGAUCUACAACCAGAAGUUCUUCCAGAGCCUGCUCAAAGCUACAGGCAUUGAUCUGGAGAACAUCGUGUACUACAAGGAUGAUACUCACUACUUUGUGAUGACCGCCAAGAAGCAGUGCCUGUUACGGCUUGGGGUGCUGCGUCAGGACUGGCCAGAGACAGACCGACUGCUGAGCAGUGACAAUGUGGUGCCAGAAGCCCUGCAGCGCUUUGCCCGAGAAGCAGCUGACUUUGCCACGCAUGGCAAGCUGGGGAACUUGGAGUUUGCACUGGAUGCCCACGGGCGGCCUGAUGUCUCAGCAUUUGACUUCACAAGCAUGAUGCGGGCUGAGAGUGCGGCCCGGGUGCAGGAGAGACAUGGUGCACGUCUGCUGCUGGGGCUGGUGGGGGACUGCCUGGUGGAGCCUUUCUGGCCCCUUGGCACUGGGGUGGCCCGGGGUUUCUUGGCAGCCUUGGAUGCCGCCUGGAUGGUGAAGCACUGGGCAGAGGGUGCUGAGCCCUUGGAAGUGUUGGCAGAGCGUGAGAGCCUGUACCAGCUCCUGUCACAGACAUCCCCGGAAAACAUGCAUCGAAACGUAGCUCAGUAUGGGCUGGACCCAGCCACCCGCUACCCCAACUUGAAUCUCCGAGCUGUGACAGUGAACCAGGUACUCGACCUAUAUGAUGUAGUUGCCAAGGAGCCUGCAAGGCAACAGAAUGACGAGACUGACUCUCAGAUGCCAGCUGUGCUACCUCCUCUCACAGGGCUGGUGGAUACCCAGGAGGAGCUGCUUCGCUGGUGCCAGGAGCAAACAGCUGGAUACCCAGGGGUCCAUGUUACAGACCUGUCUUCUUCCUGGGCUGAUGGGAAGGCUCUGUGUGCCCUGGUACACAGUCUGCAGCCCAACCUACUGGAGCCCUCAGAGCUUCAAGAUCUGGGGGCACUAGAAGCUACAUCUUGGGCAAUGAAGAUUGCAGAGCAUGAGCUGGGCAUCACGCAGGUGUUGUCUGCACAGGCCAUGGUGACAGGAAGUGAUCCACUGGGCCUCAUCGCCUACCUCAGUUCCUUCCACAGCGCUUUCAAGAGACUCCUCCAGAAGCCAGGUCCUGCCAGGAAUGCUGCCCUGGGCACACCCAGUGCUGUGCUAUUCCUGGGUAAACUGCAGAGGACACUGCAACGCGCCCGUUCUCAGGAAAACGGUGAGGAAGCUGGCGGCAAGAAGCCUCGUCUAGAGGUAAAGGCUGAGAGCCCGACUGCUGAGGAGCCUCCAGUGGCAGAGACCACUGUACCCCUCACACCCCCAGCCCAGCCCCAGGAGGCUGAGGCUGGGGAUGUGUGUGCCCUCUGUGGGGAGCAGCUCUAUAUCCUGGAACGUCUCUGUGCUGACGGCCAUUUCUUCCACCGGAGUUGCUUCCGCUGCCAUGUCUGUGAGGCUACGUUGUGGCCAGGUGGCUACCAGCAGCACCUGGAAGAUGGUCAUUUCUACUGCCUCCAGCAUCUGCCCCAGCCUGACAAUGAAGAGGAAGAUGGCCACCGAGGCCCUGAGAGCCAGGAGCUCCCCAUGCCAGGUGACAGCAGCCUGCCAUCGAGCCCCUCUACCCUAAGGCCCAGUCCUGUCCCAGACCCCAGCCUGCCCAUUCGCAGGCCACUGCGCCUUUCCAGCCCAGAGCGCCAACAGCUCUCCUCCCUGCACAUUACCCCUGACCCAGAAAUGGAAGCUCCGCCCAAGCCUCCUCGAAGCUACAAUGAACUAGCCCGUCAGGCCUUGGAGAGCAGUUUUGUGGGCUGGGGAAUGCCAGCCCAGGAGACUCAAGUUGAGGCCAUGGAGACUGAGCAAGAAGAGAGUGCCUCCUCCAGUGAUGAGGAAGAGGAAAUCGCAACUUCAGACUUAGCCUGGGAUGCUCUGCUGGUCAUGGCUGAGAAUUCUGACAAGAGCAAGUACCCGACAUGGCAUCGCACUCUGCUGCGCCGCGCCAAGGAAGAGGAAAUGAAACGGUUCUGCAAGGCACAGGCCAUUCAGCGGAGACAGGAUGAGAUUGAAGCUGCUAUCAAGGAGCUGGAAGCUGAGGGCAUGAAGGUGGAACUGGCCUUAAGGAAUCAGAGCAAAUCCCCAGAGAAGCAAAAGAAAUUAUGGACCGAACAGCUUUUACAGCUUGUUCAAAAGAAGAACAGCCUGUUGAAUGAGGAAGCUGAACUCAUGAUCACAAUGCGAGAGCUGAAUCUGGAAGAGAAACAGAGGCACCUGGACCAGGAGCUCCGUGGCUACAUGAACCGGGAAGAGUUACUAAAGACAGAUGCUGAUCGGCAGGAAGAGGCAAAGGUCCUACAGGAACUGCUCAGAGUGGUGAAUGAAAGAGAUAGCCUCAUCCGCUUCCAGGAGGAGCGCAGGCUCAGCGAGCAGACUCAUGGCUAGCAGA